GAUCUUCAGGUCCCACCUGCUGAUGGUUCUUGGUUCUCGGUGUCAAGUCCACAUCCUCUUGUCUGGACUUGGACUCUCCUUCUUCUCCACCCCUCAGGAUGAAGCUGCCACAUGUGUCAUGGCUGCUGCUGUCCUCCAGCCUUUGGAACGCUGCACAGACCACUCCGCAGUCUUCCUCUGAUGCCAGACCGGAUGAAGACCAGAGCUCUGCCGGGACUCAAGAUGGACGUCAGCUGGUUGCAGAUGUCAGGGAGGACAACACUGAAAGUCCACCUGAGGGAUGUCAGGUGUCCAACCCCGGAGCAGGACUGGAGAGUGAAGCCAGACUUUGUAUGGAGCAAGUCAACAAGAUCCUGCAGAGUGGAAACAUCAGCAGCCACUUCCUAGCCAUGGAGCGGCUGGAGAAAGUUCUGGAGCAGACGGCGGUGAGAGAAACCACGUUCCUGUCCGUGGGUCACCUGAUGGCGGUCCUGCACAAACCUUGCCUUCAAAGAGGUCUGCAGAUCUGGGCCAGUGACACCCAGGCCAAGACAGACGAGCAGGUCACUUCCUGCACACUCAGCGUGACGCUGCCCUCGGACUUGGGUCUCGGACUGGACAACACCAUCGUGUUCUGCAAGGUGACCUGGCCCAAUACUACACAGAUCACCCCCUCACAUGUUGUGUACCAGAACACACUUGUGGGUCUGAGCGUGAGCAACAAGAAGAUUUUCAACCUGCAGGUUCCUGUCAACAUCACCCUCAACCUCACUGACACUCUCCAAGAAAGUCAAACACCAAAAUGUGUCUUCUUGAAUUUUUCCACCAAGGCGUUCAGCAGCAGUGGCUGCAGGACGGUGUGGAGACGUGGAAACAGUCACGUGACCUGCUCCUGCAACCACCUCACCUACUUUGCUGUUCUCCUGCAGGUGCCUGCGUCUCUCUCAGCCGCCCACCAGAGGGCGCUGUCGUCCAUCUCUGUGAUUGGCUGCAGUCUGUCGCUGCUCGGCCUGCUGAUGGCGAUCAUCAUCUUCCUCACAACCAGGAAGCUGCGCGAGGACGCGUCCAUGAAGGUGCACAUCAACCUGGCCGCCGCCCUCAUCCUGCUCAACGUGCACUUCCUGCCCUGCCAGGCGGGGGCAGCACUGUCCUCCAGGUCGCUCUGCGUCUACCUGGCUCUCUCGCUGCACUACUCCCUGCUGGCCACCUUCAGCUGGAUGGCGCUAGAGAGCCUUCACCUUUACCUGCUGCUGGUGCGCGUCUUCAACAUCUACACCCGCAGAUACCUGCUCAAACUGGGCCUGCUGGGAUGGAGUGUUCCUGCAGCCGUGGUGGUCCUGGUGGUCUUGAUAGACCCCCAUGCAUACGGACGUGUACCUCUGGACGCAUCAAGACCCCACAGCACUGAAAUAUGCUACAUGGUGAACAGCACCUUGAAGAUGGUGACCACGCUGGGGGUGUGCGCCCUCCUCUUCCUCUUCAACGGGACCAUGCUGGCCGUGACCGCCCACCGCGUCCUCGGUCUACACCCCCGCAAGGAGGUUGGAGGUGGCGAGCGAGGGCGAGCCGUGCGCGACGUCAUCACCCUGCUGGGCGUGGCCACCCUGCUGGGUGUCACCUGGGGUCUCAUCUUCCUCUCCUUCGGUCACCUGACCACGGCGGGCCUCUACCUCUUCUGCACCCUCAACUCCCUGCAAGGAUUCUUCGUCUUCUUGUGGCUGGUCAUGUCCUGGAGGAAGUCGGGCCACUUGCGGGCCAGCAGAACCCCGAGUGGGAGCGGCUGAGAGGGACGGCCCUAGUGGACAGAGCAUGGAAGUGCAGCAGGAAACAGGAAAUACCUCAGCGACAUUUUCAUGUUCAUGGUGGUAAACUUCUUCUUCUGCGCUAUCAUUAAGUGCCUCAGAUCUGGUUUUUCUUCUUUCCAAAAUAAGGCUGUUAGAAAAUGCCUUCUCAUUAUUAAUCACUCUCAGCCAAAAGUGUAGUAUUAGUGUGUCUCCAGCGCUUGCUUUUCAAAAUAAAAGCGUUAAAUGCAUGGCUUUCUCAUAAAAAAUCAA